AUGACAGUCGAGAAGAAGGCAAAAGGAGUUGCCGUGGUAUUUCCGGAAAGUUCCACUGGUACCAAUAACGGUCCGCCGGUGUCGACUACAGGUAUCUUUCUUUGACACACUACAUGUCUUUGAACCUAUAACUCUUGAUUUCAGAACAGCCCGGCUACGUGCGCUACCUGGUGCUCAUCUCGACAAUGUUCUGCCUCACGUCGCUCAUGUCCAACGUCGUAUGCUUCAACUUCACCGUUCUCUGCAUGCCGGGCACCCAAGAGUCCGCCGAACUUUCCGGAAAUCACAGCCACUACGCAGGCUACACACGCAGGGAGAAGACGUGGCUGUUGAGUACGGUAGCGAUCGGAGCCGUCUGCGGAGUGGUUCCCGUUCUCUACGGAAUCUCCAGAUUCGGAUUGAAGAAGGUGUUCUUCACUUCUGGAAUGCUCACCGCCAUUUCGACGUUUUUGGUGCCGAUUCUGGCGCCGAUCAGCUAUUGGUUUUUCAUUGCGUUGCGAUUUGUGCAGGUGAGCCGUGACGCGGUAUCAAGUAUGAAACUAGACGUUCUCAGGGUCUUUCCUAUGCCGCCUGCUUCCCCGCAGUCGGCGCCGUCACCUCUUCCUGGGCAUCUCUGGCCCAACAAGGACUUUUCAUCGCCGCUCUGACCACGUUCGGACAAACCUCGUCGGUCUUCUCGAUGCCAGUCGCCGGCGAGUUGUGCAUUUCUCCGUUCGGAUGGAAGUCGGUUUUCUACCUUCACUCACUCAUUUCACUCGCUGUCUUCACGAUUUGGUACGCCGUUUUCACCGAUUCGCCGCGUAAGUUCUCGCAGGCUCUCGGAGAACGCCCUAAUAGUGCGGCGGUUUUUCAGACGACAACAAAUUUGUGCGUCCGGCCGAGCUAGCCGAAAUCGAGCACAACAAAUCGGCGGAUGAAAUCCACGAGCAUUCGCACACACCCUAUCUGGAGAUCGUCACAACUCCAUCCAUCUGGGGCAUCUGGAUCGGAGCCCUGGGGGACCUUGUUGCCGUCCAACUCAUCCACAUCUACUCGCCAGUGUUUCUACACGACGUUGGCGGAUAUUCGGUCGAGAAGACCGGAUUCGCGGCCGCCGUUCCCGUCUUGUUCCAGUUUUUCGUCAAAAUGUUCGCCGGUCAUUCGAGCGAUAAAAUUCACGGAAUUUCGGAGACGACAAAAUUGCGAAUCUAUAAUACGAUUGCUCUGGGCGCCAGCGCCGUUUUUCUCGUCGCUCUCGGAUUUGUGAAGCAGGGACAGGGCGUUUUGGGGCUGGUUUUGAUGACGUUGGCCACCGGAAUGUUUGGAUUUAAUGGCGGAGGCUUCAGCAAGGUUCGUUUGUGCAGAUUAUUUGAUGCCAUCCAAUUCACUUCUCCCUUUCAGUGCGCCGCCCUCGUCUCCCGUCAGUACAGUCAUUUCGUGAUGGCCAAUCUGCAGAUUCUCACUUGCUUUUCCAUGAUCGUCUGCCCGCUCAUCGUCUCGUCGAUCCUUCGCGAGGGCACCGUCGCCGAAUGGCGCAUCGUGUUCUUCGUCCACGCCGCCAUUCUCGUCGUGUGCAACGUGGUUUUCUGCUGGCUCGCCACCGCCAAACCGGCACCGUGGACCGACCGAACCAUCAAGAAGUCGGCGUCGAAAAAUACGCCGCUUUACCAGAUCAAAGUUUGA